AUGGAUAGCGUGCAAGAAAGAUGUUUCAAGAUUGUCAAAUUUGCUUUAUGCUUCCUUUCGCUAUCCGUUACAGCGAUGCACGUAAGUAUUCGAUCAUUUGUUCAAGAUUAAACAAAGUACACAAGACUGUUUGCUAAGAAAAUUUCUCCGGCACAACAAGCUUGUUUCCCAUGUUUGUUUUGGCGUUGAAAUUAAUCACUAAUUUGGAAAGCAAAGAAGAAUGCAUUAGCUUCACCCGUGCCGGUACUAGAUGAUGAACUACUAAUUAUACGACAGACGAGCACAGACAUGUACGCUUCAAUGCCCCCCGGUAGAGCCCUGUAUAUGGACAACUUAUCUUUGAUUCUACACACCUUGAUGCACUUUUGGUGUUAGCUUUACCUGGUUUUUUGUGCGUCUCGGUUGGUGAGACAUACUGUUCGGGCCAUUCGGGUCAUUUCUCUCGUUUAUUGAGAAAUGGUUAUCGCUGAAAUUCAUUUUAUCUAAUGCUUCAUUUAAUGAUAACAAACCAUUGCCGGUAAGCGAACAGCACCAUCGUUUUAAGUGCAGACUUAUUUGGAUGAUCAGAAACUUAUUUUGAUUACUGCAUGGUAGUGCUUUAAGGUCUAUCUACACUAUUCUCGACCAACUGCACCAACGUUUGACAAGUUUAUCGUUUCUUAAAAAUGCUGAAAAAUAUUGCCUAAGAAGUCCUUUCUCACAAAGGCUUUUAUUACGCCAGCCAUGUUAAAUAGAAGAGGCGGGAAAAUUAUCGGAAAAGAUGAUUACAAUAUUAAAAGCAAAACAUAAUUAUCACCAAGAUGACAACAGCAGCCUCUUCUUUUCUCAUUUGAUUUUAGGACAAGAACAGUUUUUCUGUAAUUAGUUCUGUGGAAAAUGAAUCACCGUAGGCACUGCAAGAGUUGAAGCAAACUUAGUAACGCCGCGAAACACGAAGCUCUUAAUGGCUAAACAAAUAUAAAAAAACUUAGAUAAUAUUGAAAAGUGGGAGAUAAUAAUAAGGUGAUAGAUAAAGCAAUAAACUAAUAAAUUGAUUCCUAUGCCUUGUAGCUUGCCAUACAAGCUGAAUUUUGAUUGGCGAAACCCUAGAACCCUUCUAUGGAUAUCGGUCUCUUGUUUCUUUUGAAGAAAAAACUCUGGUAUUGGAAAUAUAUGUGCUCUACGAUCUAGUGAUUUAAAACGAAAACAGUAUCAUACUGUUCAGCCCACAUGCACCACUAUCACUGACAAUAUUAGGUACUGGAUGUGAUGGUGGGCAUCGUUUUAAAGCUUUCAUUUUUAUUGAAAAAUAUAUGAAACAGCCCCUUCCAGUCUUUCCUGAAUUUCGCAGAUUCAUGAAUAAGAGUUCAAAUUCGUAAGAAAUUGCAUUAAGAUUUUUAAGUAACAUAGAGAUCAAAUCAUGCGUAAAAAUAUAUCUUGCUCUUUCACCAAUAGUUAAAGGAUAGACAGUGUAAAAGAAAUCAGGGAAAGGCUCUGCACUCAAAAAAUACAUAGAAAUAUCUUUCUUGGUGGGUUGUUUGAAGUAAAUUAUGUUUUUCAGUGUUAUUUAUAGGCCUUCUCGGCAGUGUACUCAAGAGCUCAAGUUUAGUUACAACGUUUGGCUAAAUAGAAGAUGCAUCUUCAACGCUGAUUUACUAAACAACAUCGUUUCAGUGAGCAGCCCCAAAAAUUUUAGCUUUUUACACGCCAACGAAUGCGAUUAAAAACAAAAGAUUACAUAAAGCUCCAAGAUCAAGAUGCUGAUUUUUUUUUUAUCUCUCUAUCCAGCCCCAUCGCAAUGGUAUCCACAGACACAUGACUACAAGGGACUUAUCCCGCCUAUUUGGAGUAGAUUCGCAUAGUGACGGUACUACUUUUUUUCUUAUUUUAAUGUUACUGAAAACCUCUUUGUGAACAAAAGUUUUGGAACAAACCCGAAGGUAGGAAAGAAGAUAGAUUUCCAUCAACGUGGGUUCUUGAUUUGCGUUUUAGGCCAAAGAGGCAUUCUAACAAGCAAUCAACGAAUCAAAAGUCGGACAAAGGUUUCAUAUUCAUCCUGAUCGUUAAAACCUUUGAAGUUUUACUCCAUGCAUCUAAUACCCAUGUGACCUGCCAGACUCAUUCGAGUUGCAGAGGUGCAUAUGACCCCUUCCGGUCAUACUGGUACGCUCCUAAAUUUCCCUUAGACGUUUCAUCGACAGAUUUACUUGUUAAAUAUCUUUCAGUCCCUGAAUACAACGUUGUGCAUCCUGUUCAAGUAGACGAAGUGGGCGCUUUCGUUUCUCACGAGUUAUCACAUCCAAGAAUACGUUUGCGUCGCUCUUCGGAUAAAGAGGAUGAAGUUGACAGCGAAGAAGUACAUUACAAACUGUCAGCUUUUGGGAAUAAUCUUCACCUUCACUUAAAGCGAAACAGAAGGCUACUAACGCCUAGUUUCAAGGUUGAGGUUAUAGGAAAGAACGGUAGAGUUAUGAAAAGACAUGCUAUGGAAAAUUGCCACUAUGUUGGAAGAUUAAAAGCCAAGUCGAGAUCAACAGUAGCAAUUAGUAAUUGUAACGGACUGGUAAGUACUUCAUACCAUCAUUAAUGUAUCAAUUUAAUAAUAUGAUGCUCCCGAGAUUUUUUAUGAAUAACCACUCAAUUAAUCCAUACCUUAGCUAUUCGAUCGAUCCAAAGAAUUGUUCAUAAACCAAUCGAUAACUUCACAAUUUGUUUCAGAGAUAGAUGUAAGUUUUUUCCUUAAUAAUUCUUUCUUAGGACGUUACUCGUUGUUCGUCAAAGAAAACGUUACAGCCGGCUUUCAAUGAAAGUAUGGCUGUGUUGAUAGCAACUCUUUGUUUUUCGUUAGCAUGAAAGCUUGAAUGUACAAACAGCGUGCGAAAUAGCAAAAUAAAUGUAGUUCUGUUAAUUAACACAAAAUCAGAAAUUACCUCUGUGGUCCACCCAGUAAGUUGCUGACUGUUACACCAGUGUUGCUCUAUCGUUAAAACAUCUAUCAAUAAUUUCAAAGAUAAAUCAUUCAUCAAGCAUGGAUUCAUCAUGUAUACACUCGAUUGCAAAAACGUUGACACGCAACAGGCGUUUAUAAUGAACGAUGAGACUCAGCAAAGAGCUAUCCAAACUUUCCCGGAAGAAAACUUUUUAUCAUGAGAAAAGAUUUUCCAUGAAUAAUGAUAGAAGUAAAUCACUGAUUGUGUAUCUGUGCGAACAUUUCCCAUAAAGAUGAUGGGUCUUGUCGUUCGUGAAUCAAGCUUAUUAGGUGUCAACGUUUUUGCAAUCGAGUGUACACAGGGAAAGUAACAACGACAUUACAGAUCCUGCCAGCGGGCUCUGCGCCUUGUUAACCCUUUAACUCCCAAGAUCUCAUUGGUAAUUCUCCUUAAUGCGCGCAAUAUAAUUCUUGUGAUGUUAGUUCGGAGAAUUUGGUAUUGGAUCAACUAAUAAUCUCCUAAUUGAUAUUAUUCUUUGUUCUCAUCACUUGACUGCUUGAUAUUGAUAAUGUAGGGAGAAAUUAUGUCUUGGUCACACUUGGGAGUUAAAGGGUUAAUGGCUUAGCACACCAACGAGUGCCCUGCAGCUCAGAAGGUCUGAGGUUCUAAUCUUAGGGGAACUCAGCUCUUUUUUAUCCCACACUUGUGGUACGUAAAUAACUUCUUUCUUUGUGGUUACAUAUAGUUAAUGAGGCCAUUUUUUUUCCAGAGCGGACUUAUUCACACUGAGGACGAAGCUUACUUCAUGGAACCGCUUCCGGUUCACUUGCACAACAAAGUAACAACAAGCGGCAGAAGUAAACCUCACAUUAUCUAUAGAAGAUCUCUUAACUCAAAUCCAAAAAAGAACUUUCAUGUUAUUAAAGAAAAAAGAGAAAUACACACUUGCGGAACUGCAGGUAAGGGAUCUAUUAUUACUUACCGCCCGGGAGGGGGGGGGAGGAGUCGGGCGAUUUUUGGAGAACACAUGGGAGCGGACUAUGAAGAUUUGACUGCCAAUGUGCGGGACAUUAGAAUACUACAAAUACCCAUGGGAGGAUCACACAUUUUAUUGUGACAGAUCCAAAACCAUCCGACCCCCGUUCUCAAGGCAAAUAAUAAUGACCAGUCCCUGAGAUACUUUGCUCUGGAAGAUUAAGUUGUUAAUUUGUAUUUUAUACGGAUGCGUUCUAAAGAGUUUUGCUAAGGACUCUCUCCCGUUGUGUAGAUGACCCGCGUAUUCGCUUAGUACGAGCAUUGAAUGAAACGCAGCAGUCUGUGCGACGUGGACCAGCGGGACCUGGGGAAGAGAAAUACAUUGAGACCCUGGUGGUGGUUGAUCCAAAGAUGACGAACUUUCACGGAGAGGACGCCGCCAAACAAUACGCACUGUCUGCCUGUAACAUAGUAAGUGAUUUAAUCGGUUAAACAGAUGGGGAUACCCCAGGACUAGUUCUGGUUUAUCUACUUGAAAAGAAGUCACAGUGUCCACAGGAUGGUUUAAAAUUGGUGGAAAGUUUGAGCAAAAAGUUUGCAAUUCUUAAACAAAGUUUUCUCGGAACUGAUUCUUGAAUCUUUUCAACUUUGAUGGAAGAGGUGGGUAGACGGGGAAGGACGCUCAUGUUUCGAUACCGAAAACGUCACUCGCUUGACAUGAAAUUGGUCUUGCGAAAUAUUUAGUUUCGUGAUCUCUCCAUAAAUCGUUUUAUCAGCAUUGCACUUGGCGAGGUAAUAUGUUAUGAGAAUGACUUCAGCCUAUUGGCCACACAAAUCAAACAACGACGAGGGGGUGCUCUUGCUUGGACUGAGCUGACGACGUUGCUCCUUAUCGACCUGUAUUUCCAGAAGAUUUCAAUUGACUCACUUUCUUGAUCGAGCAAAAUAUUAAGAAGCCUGUUACAAAGUCUAACUAGGCUGAGUCGAGCCUUUCUUCCCUCCCUUUUUGCGUUUCAAAACGCUCAGUUGCUUCUGUUUAACUAAACAAGACAAGAUUUCUAAAAAAAUUUGCUGAAAUUUCCAGCAGUUGUCAAGUCUCCGCAAAGAACUAUCUGAGAAUAUUUUGUGCCGUAAGAAAGUCAUUGUUUUCUAUAUUGUAAUGAAUUUGGAUGCAAAUAUUUCUGCGUGCAUUUGAGAAAAAAAUACCGCACAAAACAACACAUUAUCCGAAAUGGCUAAUUUACAUACGAAGCCAAGAGUGUCAAUUUAAAACGAAUGGCGACUUAGCUUAGUCCAGUUGCACCAAUAUUUUAAUCAAUUUAUUUCUUUAGGCUUCAAACCUUCUUCGAGAUGGAAGCAUUGGCGAAAAUCCUAUCAAUUUUGUUAUCAGUAGAAUGCAGAUUCUCACAACUCCACAGGUAACGAAAUAUCUUGUUGGUAUUGUUUUUGACAUCGACAUUGUGUAGAAAAGAAAAUGUAUUCCAAAUUCAACGGCAGUAUUUACGAGAACAGUCAACCAACCAGAAACUACAGAGGCCAUAAAGAAUGCAAUAAAUUGAAACGCGCUUAUCCUCAAAAUUAUGAGGAAAGGCAAUCCUUAUGGGUUAUAUUCUGUCAGCAUUGUGUUAUUGAAGCUUGAAAUGCUAAUUCAGUUUUGCAUAACAAUGUAAUACUGCGAAACGUAUGGUAUCAAUCAAUCGUGGUCCAUCGGUCACGAUUUCAGUCACUUCACUCUUUAAAUAUGCAACGAGGUAUGGGUUCAUAGUUUUCAGUAAUAACUACGUUAAGUUUUUUUCUUCAGACUGGACUGGUUAUUAACCACCAUGCAAGUAACACACUGGAAAGCUUCGGCAGAUGGGCGGAACGGAAUAAUAAUCCACUGGAUAACGAUGAAAAUCAUUACGACUACGCUACCCUCUUUACCAGGUGGGUCGAUCCCGGAACACGAAUCGUGCUGAUGUUCUUCAAUGCACAAUUAUUACCCUAGAAAAUUUUUUUUAAAUUUGAAUACGUGUCACAUUAUAGAGGGUUCCUCACCAAAAUCACUUUCCGCUUGGAACAAUAAUUACGUCUACGACAAUUUUUUUGUUUAAGUAAUAAAAGAAGUAGACUUUAUUGAACGAGGGUAAAACUUGACUGUUGUUAAACUGAUGAACUCAUGGCCCUCAGAAUCAAUAGAAAUGGAAUUAAAAUAAGAGUAGUAAUAGUGAAAAUGACAAAAAUUCAAAUAGGAUUUAAAGCUAAGAAGAAAAUAAAAUUAAAAAUAGAAAAUUUUAAUUAAAAUGUUAUUAUUUGAGGAUGAUUUAAAAUUAAUUUAGAUGAAGGAUUGCGAGAAAAUUUGACUCUUUAAACUUGAUUUAACAAAGUUGACGCUUAAAGUUUUCUCGUUGUUGAUUUUUUUAUUAAUUCUUUCCCAUGCGAAUAUGAUUUUUUUUCUUUAUAGAUAUAACAUUUGCAAGGACAAGAACCAACCAUGUGAUACGUUAGGUACCAUAAUCCCAAUAUUCGUUUUUACUCUCAAACGUAGCUAUUUAAUCUGACAUCUUGUAUUUGGCAGUAUGUAAUGAACGCAUUAUGUAAGACUUUUCUCUUUUUCAAAAUUGGGAGACGCGCGCGCAGUCGCCUAUUAGUUAGCCCGCUGCACUUCAAGUAGAGAGAUCUUCAUUCGUAGUCUGACCUGGUUAUCUCGUUAGGAAGUUUCACUCUCAAAACUCUCUCUCCACCCAGAGGUAUGAAUGGGUACUGACUAUCUGUCAGGAGUAGGUGAAUGCUUAAGGUUACUUGCAAUGGAUUCAAUUCCCAUCCAGGAGGGGCGGUGGGGGGAAGGUAUUUCUCUCAAAGGCCUUGUGCAAAUGAAACCGGGAUAAGCUCUUAAACAAUAGACAACUUGCCUCCAAUUCGGACUCACAUACAUGAAAUAAAUACAAAUGUUUGGUGCACUUUGCUGACUUCCGUAAUAUACCUUGCACUCGGACAGGUCUUACAAGGACACGUGGAAUGUGUAACUUUCCGAACUCGGCAUGUGUUGGUCAAGAUAAUGGUUUGAUGCUUGGAAUGACACUAGCUCAUGAGACAGGACACAGGUGGGUUGGGAAACUGAUUUAAAUCCCUAUUUAAAGUUGCCGAGAAUUCAAAUCCCUCUCCAUAUGAAUAACUGUCAGUUCUAAUACUCAGAUGACUUAGACAAUUUUAAUGAGUUGGGGUUUACUUCCUUACACAAGAGAUUCCGCGAUCUUAAUUACAAAGCUAAGAAUAUCGUAUAGAAAGUAAACGGAGACUGCAUUUGUUUUUAUUUACUUCCCUCGGCAAUUGUUGAAGAAAACUCGCGCCACCCUCUGAAGCAAGCACCUGCAAAACCGACACUUAUCAUGACUUAAUCUUGCUCGUCUGUUUCCAUGCAAUAAAGAACAUUAUUUACAUCCUUGAUGUAGCAGGGUAACGUAGCCCGAACAAUAAGAAAACUAAGAAUUUUCUAACAUUUUAACAGCAUCAAGUUAUUCUUCAGGACAUGUGUAAUGUUUUUUUUUCAGUCUUGGAAUGAACCACGACAGGGGAGCGUGCCCUGAUGGUGUAAACAUUAUGGCGUCUUUACCGGCUGGGAAAAAGUCUGCUUUCUCUUGGUCACCCUGCAGUAAAAACUAUCUUCAGCAGUUUUUAAAGUAAGUUGCUUUCUUUUAAAUGAAAAAAAAAAUGUGGAAACUUGUAAAAAAAAAAAGUAUGUCGGCUACUGUGUUUAGUUUUGGACAGUUCUAUCCAGACGCAAGAUAUGCAGUGGGAGUGUGAUGUUGCUCAUGUUGAGAUAUAGACAAGAGGGUUCAUCAGGUCCAUUGAGCACAAAAGGGAAAAAAUGCUUUAAAGAUUCAAUCGAGUUCAUACUAAAGCAUCGCAAAUAAUAAGUGCGAAAAAUAUGAAAAUUUUGAGGAAGGAACUGGCCUCUAUUAUGUUUUCAAGGAUCCAGGUAUUAUAGCUAUGCGACAAUUUACUGAUAUUACGUUUCCAAAAUCAAUUUGGUUAUAAUCUUGUUGUGAUCUCAGCAGUGACCGAAGAACUUUUCAUCAACUUUAACCUCCGAGAGGCCAUCGUGCAAAGGUUUCAGUUUAGGAAGAUUUAACCUUCUUAUCUUUUUCCAGUUCAGAUGAUUCCCGCUGCUUGGAUGAUAAUCCAACCAAAAAGAAUGUGAUAGAGACCAGGACGCUGGAUAAACCUGGCAGACUGUACGAUGCUGAUGAACAAUGUCAGCUGGCUUACGGCCAAGCUGCUAAGUUCUGUGGUGGAGGGAAGUUUCUGGACGUGAGUACUGAGAGUGAUAAAUGUGAUUGUCCAUCAAAACUCAAAAUUAUAAUAUACAUUUUCGUUGCGACUACUUUUAAUUCGUUAUCGAACGUUCUCCGGGAUUGGAAUGGUUUUUCUUUACUCUCCAAGCUCUCAGCCAGUCAACUGUGAAACUUGCAUGUACAUGACACUAAAGUUGUACUUAGUUACACGUGAUGUCCCGCACAUGAUGUAGUUUUACGAAUAUUAACUUUGGAAUGUCUUUGAACCCCGCGAUUCGUCUCAACGUGCGCUUCAUGCUCCAGUUACUGACAUCAAAAUGUUUAGUUUUAGACAGAGUAAAAAAUCAUUUCUUCUGUUGACUUAGCCACUUGCUACAUUUUUACUUAAAGUCUUUUAUACUGCGUUUUGUCAUUGAAAAUAGUAGAAUAAACAGUUUUUUCAUCAUCUAUGUGCCCUGCAUGACCCUACAUUACUGACACAUGUCCAAUACUAGCAUAUACUAAAGGAAUUUACCUAAAGAAAGUAACCUUGUUUCAACAUUACCUUUCUUCACAAAUUUUGCUAUAGGACAAAUAUAACAGUAACUCCCUUAUAAAAAGUAAGAAGUUACCACCCAUGCUUAUUUUUGCAUUAAUGCAUGGCUUGUAGCAAAUCUGCGUGAAGCUUUGGUGUGAGGUACCUGGCGGAAGCGGAAACUGCAAGACGGCGGAGAUGCCGGCAGCUGAUGGAACACCGUGCGGAGAUAGUAAGGUGAUAAGAUCAGUCUGUGAAUAGAGAGAGGUUUGAAUGGGGCGAUAAUGGGUGGCUACCGGAAACAACUUUACAAGAACCUGUAGCUGGUUGGUCAGUCUCUUUCCACGACGUUUUCUCUCAAAGAAGGUUGGGUUCAAAUUUGCUCCUUCACUAGUCCGAAUCCAUCGAAAAUUUCCCGGGUGUACAACUCUCAGUUGGCCUAAAUUUUUUCCACAUUGGAUUUUUUGAUAAAAGAAUUCAGAAUUAUUAAAGAUUUUGAGGAAAUUUGCGUUGAGCAAACUAGCUCUAUUUUCAGCAAACGUUCUAGUUAUUAAAAAAAUGUCGUCGUCUAUUGAUGCUUCAUUUUCCCCGCUUGGUUUCUCCAGUGGUGUAGGCGUGGUCAGUGUAUUCAGCUUGGUACUGAGGGCGCCGACACUGUGGAUGGUGGUUGGUCAGAGUGGUCCGCUGAGUAUUCUGACUGCAGUAGAUCGUGUGGGGGAGGGGUGCAGUUCAGAGAACGGAGAUGUAUAGCACCACGGUAAAAAAAAUAACUGUUUCGGUGUCAUAUUUCCCUUUUCUAUUUUGUUUCUGUUGUCAUCAUUGGCAAGUUCUUCUGUACUGUUUUUAUUUUAGUUUUCUUUCGAUAGAAAUUUGCAACAUACUUGCUGUUUAUUUUCCAAAGAUAAAUUAUCCAAUUAAUAACUUCUCUCCUCUACCUUCAGCCCCAAAAAUGGAGGGAAACGAUGCGAAGGAGAAGAAAGAAAAUACAGGCUCUGUAAUACUGCGGUGAGUUUUAAUCUCCGUUGUACCUCAGUUUAUAGCAUUUACCAAAUAAUGGUAGCCAGACAGCUGAAAAAUAACGGAGCAGACUUUUCUCGUGACUGUAUCCUUUAACUCCAUUUUCUCUCUAAUUAGCUCCUGAACCCCGCAGAUUAAGUUUCUCAGAGUUACGAAUAGAACAAAUAAGUGAAAGCUUCCUUUUUUCUAAAUGAAAGUAAGGUUGACAAUCUCUUAUCCUAAUUUCUAGGGCUGUUCAUCUGAUACACUUGAAUACAGAAACCAUCAGUGUCAAUUAAAGAAUUCUCAGCUGUUCAAUGAUCAGUAUUACGAGUGGGAAUGGAAACCAUCAACUCUAAGUAAGAGACUACAUGCAAACUCAAAAAAAAAUUCCUGCCUGGUUUUUAACUGUUACUACCUGGAAAAUUCUGCCUGAAGUAUGGGAAAAAAUUUAGACAUAAAUGAAAAGGAAUUGUGAAAGUAUUUUCGGGAGAAUAUAACAGGUAUAAAAUAGUCACAAGUUUGACAACAGAAUCAGAUUAAAAGAUUAUUCGAGUAAUUUGGUUUUAAUAACCAAGUUUAUGAUGAUAAUCGGCCACCGUAAAGAGUUUCUUAAUCUUAGUAUGCUCCAUUUAAUUUAAGAAAAAAAAGUGGCUGCCUUCUUCAAACUUGGAACAUCCAUUUGUUUAGAUUGUUUAAUUUAAGAUUAACAUACGUUUAGAGUUAAAAAAAAUUCACCCUUUACACUCUGACGUCAGUAUCUGCAUUCUCCAUACUUCUCUCCAUACUAAUCCUUUGGUAUUGACAAGGAGAAUUCAUGUAACAAUCAAAGCUUCUUAGGUUGGCGAUCAUUUCCUGUACUCUCAUGAUCUUAAUGAAUGAUUCAGAAGUAUUAUUGUAAGGAGAAAUAAGGUUCUGGUCACUCUUAGGGGCCAAAGGGUUAACAGAAAUAUUUUAUCUGCAGAGAGCAAGUGUGUUCUAGGAUGCUUUAUCAAAGGAACUGGGUUAGGUUUUGCUUUUGGAAAUGUUGCUGAUGGUACAGACUGUGAAAAGAAUUCCCUUGAUAAAUGUAUUGAGGGACAGUGUACGGUAAGACGAUAAAAAAUUAAUUUUUCGAUAACUGUCAGGGGCUGUCUCGUUUUUUUUGUUUUUUUGUUUUUUUUUUGUUUUAAUUUUUCAAAACAACACAUGAUGUUCAAAACCAUCAGUCGGAAGACUUGCACGAACCCUCUUGAACCGAAUAGGGCGUAAAACCUACUCAUAAAUAGAAAAUUUCCAUCCUUCCUCUUGUCCAGUCGGUUUUAAAUGGUGCAACGAUAUCAAGUAUGGCAGAUUAUGUAACCAAGGCAACAUUGAUAUGAGGGAAAGGUAAAGUAAAGUAAAGUUACCGAAAUGGUUUACGCACUAGAAAUAUUACUCUUCUGAUACAAAAUGCCUCAAACGUUAAGUCCAAGACUAGCUUCUCUAGAUUUACCCCUUCGUAUCAAGUUGAUCGAUCUCCCUUGAUAGACCAUUGAUAGUCAUUAACGGGCAUUCCAUCGGCUUUUUGUCAAGUUAUUGAUGACCUACAGGUACAGUACGGCUGCAGUUCUAACCUACAAAACACCAUUUAUACGAUUGGGCAAAGAGUAGUUCUGCGAUAUGGUAUUGUAGAGAUACUGCCCAUAAUCCCACCUCACUUCAACGAAGACAGAGCCCGAUGCCGCUGUUAUCUCAUAACUGAUUGAGGCUUUGCUGUAGAACGAUAAGAGCAGAGUUUUUGUCGCUGUCAAGGCUUAUACUAAUUGUGUCCUGGAAACUGGAAUCCACCAAUAUGUUGUGUUCACAUCUCAGAAGCUUCGAUGAGUGUUUGUAAAUUGCGCUUCAAUUUCUUAUAUAUUUUAAUCCUCAUUUUAAAACCUGUUGUUGGUGUGAUAACGAUUAAUCCAUGCAUCAUUGUCUCUACAACAGAAAGUGGGCUGUGAUGGAAUCAUUGGUUCCACAGCAGUUGUCGAUAGAUGCGGUGUAUGUAACGGAGACGGAAGUUCAUGCGCACCCGGUUCCAGGGAUAGUGUGGCAAGAAACACCACUAGCACAAAGAAGGCGGUCACUCCAGGAGCUGUCAAUCUUAUAACAAGCGCUUUGGAUUGGUUGAAGCGAAUGGGUUAUGAUGUAGAUAGGCGUGGACAAAUCGCUUCUCCCGAAAGCGCAACAAAAGACUCGCAGAAAGAUAACUUUUACUGGGCCGUGGUUAAGUCUGGCUGUAGUGUUUCGUGUGGUGGAGGUAAUGAAGCGAUCAUCUUUUAAAAACACUACACUUCUCCAUUACCGCACUCACUUGAUUUAUUGCCUCGGCAUCUAUCAAAUUUCUAGCGUCUCCGACGCAGCAUUAUUCAGAGGGGCUACGUUCAUUUCAAAAUCAUAAUUCUUUAAUCACUGACCAAAAGUUAAAUUUGUAAAACAGAACAUGUUUUUUUACUUCCUAUAUUUCUCUUUCUUACUGGGACAGAAUCGUAAUUGUCUGGUUACUUUGUGACAUAUCCAACAACGAUGGUGUAAAUUACCGAGGCUAUACAUUUGUAUCUUCAGAAACAACUACAUACAACCCUAUUUUUCUGUUCCAAUCGCUUAAAGAAAAUUGAGGUAAAAUACUAUGGCUAGCUACCGCUUUUUUUUAAUCCACUCCUCACUAAUAGGCUCGGAAGUGUCCUAUGCUGAGUGUCGAAGGUCAGAUGAUGGUUCUCCAGUUAACGUAGAAAAGUGUGACUCUGGCUUGAGACCACCAAGAGAAACAGUCCACUGCAACUAUCAACCGUGCCCACCUGUGUAAGUUAUCAUGAGUUUUUUCUUUUUCGGAAAAAAAUGAAUAAUUAAAACUUACCUUGCUCAAUUUUAUUUUGAAUGAUCAACUUGUUUGUUUUCUACCGCUCCCAUAGAAAUACCUCAAUGUACACCACUUAUUUUAUUAUCUAUUUGUUUUUCAGUUCUUUAACUUCCCUAACUUCUGGUAUUUAGUUUCUUUCGCUUCUUCAUCCGUUAAAUAGUUAAGUAGAUGUUAGCCAGUUAAUUGACCCACCUCAACUAGCAAAUCUGCCAACUCCAGGUCAACUUAUUCUUUAAUUUUGAAAUGAAAUUAAUAAAGCAUGAAUUUUGAACACCAAUGAUAUAUAAAUUUUACUCUUGCUCCCUGAUAAAGGCUUUUUAGCUCCAAAAGUAAUGAGUUCAAAAUAAUUGAUGUUUGUCCUUUCAGAGGGUAAUACAAUUUUAUCUACUUUUCAUCGUAGCUGGAAACCAGAAGGUUGGGAAGAUUGUUCUCAGACCUGUAACGGAGGAAACAGAACCCGUGAAAUAAAGUGCAUGCAGGUAGCAGCUGAUGGUAUUGAAUAUGACGUCGAUUCCAGACUCUGCUCGGAUCCUAAACCAUCCAUGGUAGAAGCGUGCAAUAAUGUCCCGUGUCCAGCCGAGUGGGUGGCUCAGCCAUUUGGACAGGUAUUCAUAUGAUUCUUCAUAGCGUAGUGGUAAUUAUGUAAAGUUAAGAAGCAGAAGGCUCUUGAGAAUGUGUGAUGUAAUGUCAACAUGAUGAAGAAUUGAAAACCACUGCAACAUACCCUAUACAUAAUGUAACCAAGGGUGGACAGCAAAGUUCGUGUCUCGUCAUCAGGCGGGUGUGGUUUCUAAACUGUGGAAAAUAUAUAUUCGAGCUGACGCUCUCUUUCUUUGUUAAUUCAAUAGUGUUCCACAAGAUGUGGGCGAGGUGUUCAGAAGCGAACAGUGAAAUGCAUGAGGGCUGACCACAGAGGUAACCUGAUGGACAUGGAGGAAGCACAAUGUGAUGCGACUCUAAAGCCACCAAUACAUGAAUACUGCAAUGUGCAUAAUCCUUGUCCUGGAGAUGGUACGUUUGUAGCAAGUAUCCCAUUAUUUACAGAAGCCAACCCUCGUACUUUAUUAUUUGAGUUGAGGGAAGUACGCGUUUAAAAUCCGAUACAUGAAAACUUUAACGUUUGAACGUUUGAGCUUGCAAACUUCAAGUUAAAUCACAUGUAAACGGUUCACUAGGGUAAGUCUCGAGGUAUAACCUGGCAUGACCUCAAAUGUUUUUCUAGCCCUUGACCUUAAAUAGUUCCUCUUGCCUGACAAAUCUGAAUUUAAAAUUUCGGUUGUAUUUCAGACAACUGUGGUGGAAACUUUACAACAGACGUUGGCACUUUCUCCUCUCCCAGCUACCCGGCAGACUACCCGGACAACAAAGAAUGUGUUACUACUAUCACAGUCAACCCCAGCAAGGUCAUCAAGCUUAACUUUCACAGGUAUAGCUGGAUUCAAUCACUAAUAAGCCGCAUGUAGUACACCUUGCCACUUUUUCUUAGAAAAUGUAACUUAGUAGCCUUCCCCAAGAACUGAAAUACCAGUUUCUGAAAAGAGAGACUUGUCGAGAGAAACUUUGCCAGGGACGAACUCUGCUUGUGUUGAUGACUAGAUAUAGACACGUGAUGAGGAAAUUGUAUGAAGGUUAAGAAAACUUCUUCUCCAGUGACUCUAUGAGUAGAACCAUCUUUGACAAGCUUUCCAGUCUCUGAUUUUCAAAGUAAGAAAGUUUUCUCUGCCACCAACAGGUGCGUUUUAGAAGUGGAUUUUGUUAAUGUAAAUGCGUCUGUAGGCACAUCGAUGACCAUUUUGAAAUAAAUGAUUAGCUAUUCUUAAAAAAUUGCUAUGCUAUUUAUUAACAAUUUCUAAGGGUUAUAAGUUAUUCACAAGUAUAUGUGAAUUGUUCUAAUUGUUAGCAGGCAGAAGGAAACGAAUUGACAAAUCAACCUAUAUGCAUUUAUACGAUGUUCCAAUGUAAUUCUAUGGCUCAAUGAGGUAACUACCAGGCUUUUAUUUUCAGCAUGCAAGUAGUCUCCCCAGAAGACACGUCGCAAUCGGAGAAGUGUAAAGGGGACUUUGUAAAGGUUAUGGAUGGCGAUUGUUCGGCAUUCAAAGCUGAAACGAGAUACUGUGGAAAACAGGAACCUGCUCCAUUCUUUUCCACCGGAAACAAACUCUGUGUUAAGUUCUUUUCUGACGAGUCUCAGACAGCUCAGGGAUUCAGUGCAAGUUAUGAGGCUGUAGAUCGACCAACUAACCCUGGAGGUGAGAGGGGGCAUUUGAAAUGUAACACAUACUCGGACCCAGGGGUUUAAAGGGUGGAUAACGGUGGAUAACGCUCUCUAACGGAUACAUCGCUUUUCGGGGGAUAAAUGUUAGGAUGGACUUUUCUGCGCUAUCGAUAAAAAAAGAUAUUUAACCGGUGGAUAGCGUUAUUCAGCAUUUGAACAACUGAGGCCAGAAGUAUAUUCGUGUUUAACUGUGGUGUAAUAGUACAUAACUUAAUUCACUCUUAAAAGAAAGCGAAAGACAGUUUAAGAAAUUGUUCAUUAUUACCAGUUACGGUGAAUUAUGUACUAUUAUCAAUAAUUGCAUGCUUGAAAAACCAGUUUAAAAAUCAGAACUGAUAGCCUACAAACACAUCAAUUUAUUAGUGAUACGAAAAGCAAAAUCUACCUUUGUUUUACCUUGGCUGAAAUUAUUAUUUAAUAAUCGAAACCAACCUCAUGUUUUGAAUGGACGAUGCAAAAGCAGCUUGACAUUGAUUAUUUCCUGUUCAUGAGGGCUUUAUGUCAUGAAAAUCAUCACCAACGUUUCUUUACAGAUCAGUGUGGUGCUACUCUGACGUCACCAGUUGGUUUGAUUACGUCACCUAACUAUCCAGAGCCUUAUCCAAGCAAUGAGGAAUGUAAUACCACUAUCAAAGUCGUCAAAGGACCAAUCAAAGUUGCGUUUCAAGCAUUUGACGUAGGAAAUGCAAAGUAAGCAAAUAUAAUAAAGUCUGCUUUUUUAGAAAUAUUGUAAAACCUAAUCUCAUCUGGCAAGGAGAGUUAUUUGCCUAUUUCUUUAUGUCAAGCAACUCAACAUCUGGAUCAUAAUAGUUGGAUUAUCCUGGCGAGGGAUGUCUUGAAAAGGGCUCAUGUUAAUGACUUUGACUGACUUUCCGGGACUGACUUUCCGAGCAAUAGAGAGGAAGACCUCACCGGAGUAGAGAUUUACUCUCUUUGUCAAUUGACCUCCAUAAGUCGUGAAAGCCGAUCGGUCAGUUUUGCCUUGACUUCAACGGUUAAUUAAUCUAUCAUAUCAGUGGUUGAAUCUUGCGAGGGAUGGUAGUCUUGAGAAGGCUUAUUUGUAUGUAACUUACUGACUUUCCGCGUGGCUCGUGAAACCUGGUUGGUCAGUUUUUCCUUGAUGCUAUCGGCUGACAGACUUAAGUGGUGUACGUCCGUGAUGAUAGGACACCUUCGAUCAGCCGCCCAGAUGAAGUUAAGUCGUUCUUGUAGUUUCGUUGCCUUUUUUCACGUCAUAGGGAAGUCAUUUGCAUGGUGCUAAAAUCUUAAUUCCUCAUGUAUUAAAAUUUAAGACACAAAUAAGCAAGCUCUUAUAUCCGCUGUUUCCCCAAUUGUCAUCAUUGUUAUUCAGUAUUACAGCUUUUUACUAUGCAUCUCCACAGUUGCGAAGAUGAUUAUGUGGUGGUGGACGAACCCAUUCGAGGAAAGACAAGAAAGCUUUGCGGAAAUCAGAUCCCACAAUCAUUCAACAUUUCGUCAAACGAGCUCAAGAUUGCUUUCAAGUCAGCGGAGCGCCUUGGAAGACCCAAACCAGGAUUUGUAGCGACGUACACAUCAGGAACUACACCAGGUGAUCUGCGAAUAUUGAAAACUAGAUUUGAUGUAAAAUUUUCAUCAAGUUCCUUCAAAAGCUUUUUAAUCAUCAAAACGAAGCUCUUGAAACAGCCACUGAAGGCUCAUUUCUUUUCAAACUGACAUGGCUUCGCUUUGAUUACAACAACCCGCUUACGCUUCAAUGAAAUUAGGGCCGGAAAGUAAGACCAGUAGAUAUCAAACCGUAUACUUCCUUAAUUUAACAAUUUCAAAAGGUUUCAUUUGAUAACAUUUCUUUAAGCCGAGAACUCAAAAUUUUUGAGACAUUUCUAAAAGCAGGAGGCAUAUUAUAUACCUUGUUAAGUCUGUAAAUAUGAACAAUUUUAGACCCUCGCUUCUCCCCGUUAUGAGACCAAAACCAAAUAAUUAAAACAGCUAGUCACAGCAUCGUUCUCCCCUAAAGGAGUUGAAAAUUCAAACUAAAAACAAGCAAACCGCUUUAGAUGAGUGGAAAAUUCCAGUAACUAGAUAAAGAUUGGUUUCAAUCAGCAUCUGAUUGUUUAAGAGGGUGUUAGGAGUUUUGUUAGACUACUAACAGAGGAGGGUGAGGCAAAACCAAUGCAGUCGCAGAGUACUGUCGACACUCAACUGAAAAUAGCCCUGGUAUAAGUCACACAGAGUAAAAUUUCCUACUAUAAGUUUUCAUUUCGACAAGCAUGUUGCCUAAUGAUCUGUUCACACCUUUUUUAUAUAAUGUGGUCCUUAGAGGAUAAAUUUUCGUAAGCAAUAAAAAAAUAUUAUUUGUCGUCCGCUCAUCAAUGCUAACAGUUGUCACGCCUCCAUUUUCAGAUGAAAUACGAAAGUCAGCUGGAAAUGCAGGAAUAAAAACUUUUACUUCUAAACUAGAUCAAGGACUCUUGGCGGAUGCAGUAACUAGAGGUGAAGCAUUCACCCGACACGUUCUGAUGUUUUUCCUUUUAAUUCUUUUUCCCAGAACACUAUAUAUAUUAUUAAGUACAGUUAGUGAUGAUCUCGCUCGCAUUUCAUUCUAAAGAAGCUCAUAAUUCUUUUUUCUCUUAACAUAAAUAUUUUCUGGGUCUCAGUGGGUGAAUGAUUCUCUUCGCUAUUAAACUAGACAACAAAAAACGGCUCCAUCCUUUUCUGAGUUUACCUGAAUUCCGUGUGAACACGGCGUGGUGUCAGGCGUUUGGCAAAGGACUCAUCAGUGGAAAACCUAUGACUAAACCAAACUUCGUAUUUCUCGCGUCUUAACUUGAGUAUCUCAAAUCAUCAAAAUCAGAUGGUCCCGACCUACCAAUGUCAAUUUUAGUAGUUCUCUUAUGCCGAAAUGGUUUCCCACUGGACACGUCAGAGUACUAUUAAGAUCUAUUAACAUUUGAUAUUUAUCACAGAACAUAUUCCGAAACCUUCUAGUACUGGGCUUCCGGCAGGGAUGGGAGUGGACUUCUUACCUGUUUCAAGACAAGACAGCAAAGAAGGUAUCUCGGGUGUUUUUGUACGUUGCUGAUAGUCUGAAAUCAUGGUUCCCUAAGACAAUGAUCAUUGCUUCGUUUAUCAAUGAUUGAAUCGGUUGUAUUCAACCUCAGCAGCGACGUGGUAACUUAAUGUGAUUUAAUUGUUCUCUUUUUUGUUGAUUUCUUAGUCCGUUUGUUUGAAUCUAUUUUUGUGACAUUCUGCACUUGUUCCUAGCGCCUGAAAGGCGCGUGCGAGAGGAGCCCCAUACCUAUCCCCCGUCCCAUAGUUUGCAGGCCUACUGCAUCUCUCCAUCUGCAUUUAGAAAAUUGGUCUCAAUUUUAUUUUCGUCGUAGUCUCAAAGGAAGAAGGAGAAGACAUUGACGCUGGUAUCGGAGAGACAGGUGAGUGGUAUUUGCGGAAUGGAAAAAUACAUUUUAUUGAUUUCACUUCUUCCGCAAUGGUCCUUUUUAUCCAGUGCAAGAUAAUAUAAAUUGAUAUUCACUUGUCCAGGGUCUUAGCCUUGACUAAUCCCCCUCAGAAACUCUGAUUGAUUUUGAAAUAUUUUUGACAUACCUUGAAACAAUUUGUUUAGAGAGGAAAGAAUGGAGAUUAAUGCAAGCAUUUCUCAGCUCAGGUUUUCUACCUGGUAGAUAUUAAGCUUUGAGGAGUGAUUUGUUGGUGAAUUUGAGGUAAAUUUCGCUCUUUUUCUUUUAGACAAGGAGAAUAUCGAUGACGAUAUAAUCACUAAGCCCACUAGUGGUCUUCAGAGUGGUAAGUGUCAAGUUCUGCAGUUUUAAGUCCAAAUGACUGUGUAGAACCAUAACUAGUACACCUGAUUACGUUGUUAAUAAUUUUUAAGAUAAUUUUUCAGCAUACAUAUGCUGAUAUGAUUAACUGAAAUUUUUAAAACCGAAGCACUUAGUCAACUCAACGGUGACUUGAGUGGCAGUGGUAGUGCAGAUGACCAAAAAAGCAACAAAACAGAAGCCAGUAACUCAACACUCGGCGGAGAGGAUGACGUACCACAGGAUAUUGGGAAACAGAACCAGACAGAAGGUAACAUGGCUUUCUAUUGUCACUCAAAUCUUCAAGAUGAAGUAAACAAUGUUGCAGGGUUGUUAUUUGCAAGGUAUAAAUAAGUGAACAGAAUAAGAGUUUAUGUGUGUGACCCAGCUCACUAAACAAUCAACAGUAGUUCAGUUCAGUGAUGUGUCGGAGCGCGAAUUCGGAACAUAGUAGGGUUUGACACCCCACGAAAGACUUAGAUUCUGUUUGUUCCACACGCAUGAAGAAUGAUAAUUUUGGUCAUGUUUGAAUAACUUUGCUCUCAGAAACAAACUUUUAGCUUUCACAUGCUAAUAGAUAGUCAGAUAAUAAUAUUUAGUGAAUCUCUUUUGCCACUUAGGUAACCAUAGUGAUGAUGUCACCAAGGAAACAAUACCAGAGACCCAAGGUAGAUUUGGAGUUAGGGAAAAGGAGAGACUUUGCAAUUUGUGAAAGGGAGCCAUAUCCGAUCUCUAUAUAUAUGAAGGCGGGUGUAUACUUUCUAGCCAACACAUAGAAGCAAAGUAAAAACAUGGACAGAAGAGGCAACAUGUUGACACCGGUGCCUGUUUGAAAUUCAGUUCAGCCUUUCCAAAACGACAUGAUCUCGGGAAAUUCUUGUGGAUCUUAUUUUUUUCUUGUUUCAGAAAACGCUGUUAAUGGGACUACCUCGAAUAGCACUAAUGAUUCCCAGAUGAACGGUAACAUACCACGCAAUUUCUCUUCUAGUCACAGUUUUGCAUACAUGUGUUGAGAUUUCCAAAAUGCUUUUACAUGAAAAAUAUUUUAUAUGAUGGUAAAUCAUACGUUUUCAUCAGUAAAGACCCCGACAGAUACAUUUUCUCCACCAUACGGUGUUACUGGCUUUUAAAGUAUUAUUUCCACCCACAACCUAUCUUUUCUCUUUCAACUCAUCAUUUUAUCUCAUCCAUCUCCCAUUUCAUGUUCAUUUCCUUCCACGUUUUGUUCAUUGUCACUCACAGAAACAUCCAGUAACCAGACUCUCGCGGGAGCUCUUGCGGAAGCUAUCAAAUCACAUGGUAUGCACUUUCACUAUUGACACUAUCGCUUCUAGCCAUUUGGUUUCAAGAUUAAAGGAUCAAAUUAUCCAAAUAUUUUAAAUGCACUGAGCUCUGCUGGAUUUGCUCGCUUUCGACAAAUAAUUUUCAUCGAACCAAAAGGCUCCUUCAUACAUAAUAUGAGUUUAUAUCCACACACGUUAAGAGUGUAUUCAUAUUGCAAUGUUACUUGGCCUUUUCAAGUCAGUCGUUAGUUCCAUUUUAUGACGACAAACAAUGUGGCAAUCAUAAAAAAGAAACAAAGAAGGGGGGGAGGGGGUGUCCAAAGGAUCUAUAGCGCUUUUUCUUGGAUAAAUCGCUAUCCAGUGGAUAGCGCAGUACAUUUUGUUGGCACUUAACCGCUAGAUAGUGAUUUAUCGGUUGGAUAGCGUUAUCCACCCUGAACAACAGAGCCCUGGUCAUCAAGUAAGAGUAAUUUGAGACAGUGCCUUCUUAAAUUCUAAAACUUUAAAAGUAGAAAGAACGCAACAGGACGGCCCCCUAACAGUCGCGGUGUUGUUUUCGCUCAACUUGACAAUGCGGAGAAGUUUGGUAAUGAACAUUCCAAGAGGUUAUUGCGAGAGCGGUUGAUAAAGGGAUAUGUCGGAAGAAUCCAUCCGUUUUCACUUAAACGGUUUCGGUUGUCGCGAUGAACAAUUCGGAGACAAGAAGACCUAAGCCUUGAUACCUGUUAUCGAAAGGAGCUCAACGAACGAGUUUAUGGCGAGCAAGCCUGCCCUGAAUUGUACAACUUGAGGUCCUCCUGAGAUGAGAUUUAGAUGUCAACCAUGAAAAUUUCAGGCGGGGGACCUUUUACUCUUACUUAUUCUCAGUAUAUUCCUGUAACACAUUUCCACCAGAUCAUAAUUAAUUGUCAUAAGUUUCGCUUUUUAAAUUUGUUUACUGAGUUGUUUUCUUUUCACAGAAAAUGCUGAAAAUAAAUCAACAAUCGAUGAUUUACAAACUUCAAAGAAUUCAUCGGGUGAGUCAGUGUUUGUUUAAUUACACAUCUUUCUUUUAUCCCGAGUAUCUCUCGAGCCAGAGCUUUAGGAGAAUCAAAUUGAUUCUGAUAUCAAAGUCACUCACCCUCCUUGAUCGAUGCUGAAUAAAAGCUGUGUUACGGAGACCCCAAGCCAACCAGCUUUGCGUAAAGCGUUCGUACUAACGUUCCAAUAGUACGAACAUUGCACCUUUCGAGUCAUGGGAUAUUAUCUCUCGCACGAUCACAUUAUGAUUAUGGACUAGACACAUAGUAUGAAUGUGCAAAGUAAUCCUCUCGAAGCAUCAUCUUGAAAUUCCCAAAUCUUAUAAACUUUCCAAGAUUUAAAUGGAAUUCAUUCAAUCUUGUACAAUUAAGUUAAUCAUUUUUGUUGACAGCAUCAAAUGACCUUUCGUCUGUUCAAGACAUCCCGGGAAAAGGGCUGGCCGGACUCAUAAAACCCAUCCUCAACCAAGGUGAAAUAUUUCUCCUUUGCCUUUAACUUUGCAAAAUUUCGCACGAAUUAAGGAAAAGUGUCUUACUUGCAGAGCAAGUCGUCAUGUUCGAUUACUGAAAAAGAUAAGUUUAUGUUAUCUUAUUUGUUAGGAAGUAAAUGUAACUUUUCUUCAUAAAAAUUCCAGGGUCGUGUCCCCCAAUCAAGUCUCUAAGCUGUCUGAACCUACUCUAUUCAUUUCCAUGUUCCAAUGAUGAUGAUUGUAUCGAGAAUGGUAUGACAUGCUGCAACACCAAAUGUGUAUAUGGUAAAAAGAUGUGUAUUCCACGAGGUGAGUCGUCCAAACUUAUUCAUUCAUUACUCAAAUUCAUGAUGACGCGCCCUUGCCAGAAAUUUAUAUUCAAGAGAUCAUAUGGAUCAAUAAGAUUAGGUAGAUUAUUUUUUAUCGAAAGCCCGCGCAUCAAUUUAACAUCUUUACCUGACUAAAUCAGAAGGGAAAGACAUAGCUUCCAUUUGCUUUUUUUUGAUACAUGACAACUACACUUCAUAAAGCGAUAUUUCGAAGCAGCUACCUAAAUUUGGAUAUCAUUUUGAUCCUGUCUCUCUCCGUGUUAAGGUUGAAACUUUCUUCUGUUUUCUUAGUUUCAGCAGUUUGUCCGCUUAGAACUCCAUAUUACACUGGAUUCCAAACAUGCAAAGACUCAGGAGAUUGUGGAACAGGAGGAGUGUGUUGCAUGGAUAUGGCAGGAAGGCACUAUUGCCAUCAGCUCAGCUCGGUUGAAUAAAAACCCUGUGAACGACAAAACGAACACAUGAGCUCAGCAUAUCAACAUCACAAGAGCAAGACCUUUUUCCUUUCAUCACUCACGUUCGCCUUGGACACAUCAAUUCGGAAAGAUUUUAUGCGUUACCUCAAGAAAGAACACCUUUCGUCUUUCGUCGACGGCUUCAAUGCGACAGCUCAAUAUAUGAUUUCAAAUGCUCGGACACAAGCUGAAUCGUAACUCUGCUCAAUAUGUAUAUAAAAACCCAUAUUGCCUGUAGAAAAAUGAUGCUUUUUUGUAUAAUAAUUAUUUUCUGAACUCCAUCAAGAUAGCCAGGCGUGUCAAAAAACUAAUACAUACACUUCACUUCCAGGUUUAAAAAUUCUUCUUCCUGUCUGCCAUGAAUUUCUUACAUUGAAGCAGAUCUGAUAAUCUGGAUUGUAAUCUAGCAGUGUUUAUGAGGCUUUAUUCUCAUCACUGUAUUCUUGACAUAGUAUUGAAGUUUUAGAGAGAAAUUACUUAUUGGUCAUUCCGUGGGGUGAAAGGGUAAAUAACUGAGAUUUGCAUCUGUUUGUCUAGUGAAACGAAGUCAUGCUCCAGCCGGUGUACAAGUUGGAAUGAAACAACUUGUCAGUAUAUAUACAUCUGAUAUCACCGCGGGAUCUACCUUCAGUAUAGGUUUAAAUUCAUUGCGGCAAUUGUUAACGAGCUGCGCAUUUACUGGAUCACUAAAGAAAUUAUACAUAUAUUUCAAAUACAUAAGUAUAUUUUAUAUCAUGGUACAAAAAUUUUUUAAUGUGAAUAUAGUGUCACUAUAAUAGCAUGUGAUAGACUGAUGCAGCUUCUAAGACGAUGAAAUGAUGUUCAAUUCAAGGUUUUGACGACUACAAAAUCGUUUCCUACCGCUUUUUCGAAAGAAUCUUCAUUUACGAACUAAUUUCGUGAUAUAUUUUGCACAUAUAAAUAAUUCACUUAUGGAACCAUGAUCGUAUCCACGAACCAUAAUCAUUUCUUUGGCUUUUACUUACUUAAAGAUGUAACAACGAGAUUUGAAGAUUAUGACAGUCAAAUUGAAGAUGGAAGAUUUAUACUAAUUUUCCAGAACUUCUCAAAACUUUAUUGCUUAAAAUAUCCGGCAAUGAUUUAACCCCUAAAACUAGCUGACCAACAAACAUUUAACACCCAUUCGGCGUAACAAAUAUCUAUCAUGUCGCCCAGUAACAUGAGGUAUGAUCACAGCGGGUUCAAUCUAUCGACGAUAACUGAUUAGUUUCAAUAAUUUUCAGCUAAUUUAAUUUCCCCCUGUAUUUGUAAGUGUACUCGCGUAAGUUAAAGGUUUGGUCCCUUGCAAUAAUUCGCAUCACUUGUGAAGUAUGAAUGAUCAACAAAAAUGAUAAUAAAAAAGUCACUUUUUUUAAAGAAUUAUAUUCGUUUAUCAAGUCUACGUUGAUUGAUGGACGCCCGCGGCC